AUGGUCUCUCUGCAGGAUUUUGCUCUGACUCUGCUGGCUCUUGGUCUCUGUCAGGGUUUUCAACCCAACUUCCACCAUGAAGAGCCGGGGCUCACCGCAGAGCCUUCAAAGUUCGGCUCUCUGUGGCCCCUGCCGCAGAAAAUCCAAAUCAACAGUGUUUCCUUCAAGUUAAGUGUGUCCACCUUUCAGAUCACUGACGCUACAGAGUCUUCAGCGGGUCCAAGCUGCAGCCUGCUGCAGAACGCUUACAGAAGGUACUAUGAGUACAUGUUUGGCGGCUCUAAAAAGCAGAAGACGAAUCAAAGCAGGAGGUCUGACCCGUCGGAGCUGACGGAGCUGCAGGUGUGGAUCACAUCAGCUGACUCUGAAUGUGACGGAUAUCCGAGCGUGGCUUCUGACGAGUCAUAUGAGCUGGUUGUGGAUCAGCCGGUCGCAGUCCUGAAGGCACAAAAGGUGUGGGGAGCCCUGCACG